UAAAUCUAUAAUUUUUAUAAGUUUUGGCAACGAUGCAAUUCCUGAGUCCUUGAGAGUGGAUUGGCUGUACGAGCACGUUUGGAGUCUGUGGAAGAAGUGGCUGCCUGCCGGGGCAGAGGACACUGUAAAGAAGGGUGGCUACUACACCGCCUCCCCGACUGAAGGUCACCGUGUAGUGGCCCUCAACAGCAUGGACUGCUAUUUGUACAACUGGUGGCUCUACUACAAUGCCACCCUCAUCCAGGAGCAGCUGCAGUGGUUCCACGACACUCUCCUAGCUGCCGAGACAGCCGGGGAGACGGUGCACGUCCUCUCCCACAUCCCAUCAGGAGAUGGUGACUGCUGGAGUGGCUGGUCCAAGGAGUACAAUCGAGUUCUGACCCGCUUCAGCAACACAAUCACCGGUGUUUUCAGUGGGCACACCCACAAGGACGAGAUGAAUCUCCACUACUCCGAGGAAGGCUAUGCCACGGUGGUUAACUGGAACGGAGGCAGUUUGACUCCCUAUUCGGAUAAGAAUCCCAAUUACCGACUCUACGAAGUGAGUUCCGGAACCAAGCAGGUGGUGCAGCACAGCACCUACACUGUUAACCUGACAGAGGCCAAUCUGGCACCGGAUGUGCAGCCCAACUGGGGUCUGGAGUAUCAAUUUACCGAGGAAUUUACGGAGGACACUAGCCCUGCCGGCAUCGAUCGUCUCCUGGAGGAUAUGGCCGAAAAGCCCGCCCUGUUGCGUAAAUACUGGCGCUACAAGUUCACGCAGUCGGAUCCCAAACUGACUCAAGGAUGCGACGAUGCGUGUCUGAGUAAGACUAUUUGCAGGAUUGCCACAAGUAACUACCAGGAGCGCACUCGUUGCAAGGAACUCCAGGCCAAGUUGGAGGAGAGUCUGGCCAAAGAGGAUCCUGGCACCGACGACGAUGACAAUGGAGGCGGAGGUGCCUCUGGACUUAAGACCCUUAGCUUGGCUUCCCUUGUGGCUCUGCUGACCGCCACCAUAUGCCUUGGAUAAGACUUAUCUGACCACCCUGGCCUAUUCAUAGCCAUCGAUAAUCGCAAGCCGUUCGGGCCAUAAAAAAAUACCACCCCGGAGAUAAACACAAAUAAUAAACACACACGAUUCUUUGUAGUCAACA